CCGUACCAGUGAUGUAGUGGUGCAUUGUGUUGUUCCAUGUUUUGUCACCGCAACUGCCCGGCGUCACGUGGAACUGCGCUCUGAACUCGCGCUCUGAAUCACUUUCCAUAUAUAUAAACACCCGUUUUCACUCGCCCUGGUGAAUGACCGACCCCUAUCGAUCACGUUUCUCUCCUCCUUCCGGUACAAUGUCACUUGAGACUCCCAAAACGUAUCACUCCAUUCGACUGGAGUCGCGGCCGCCUGGUUGGAAACACGGCAGCCACUUCGAUCCUCCUCUCUCUCACCUGCCUUCCACCUACACUGCGCCCAACACUAUUCAAAUGCCAUCCAAGGCCACUGCUGACAUGUAUCCUCUUGACUCUACGUUCGACUUGACGUCUGUCGAUCAGAUCGCAACUCUGAAGGUCUCUCAAGAAGAUUGGGACAAAUCCAUCCUCAGCAUCCCCCCUGCGGAGCCAAGAUAUCUCUCCAGAGUCCCAAUCAUGCAGUCGACCUCCAUUGACGGCCUCGAACACUUCCCUCCGAACCUCGCCGCCCAUCUCCUAUGUUUCCGCGCUGACCCCAAGAACCACGCCCUCGAAGCAACAGACUUCUACUUCCAAACCACAAUAUCCUCCGACCUCACCUCCAACACCGUACGCCCAAUGGGAUUCCAAAUGAGCCUCAAAGCUCUGCGCUCCCAGUUCUGGGCCGACCACCGCCCAAUCCCGCUCUCCAAGAAAGACUCGUGGACCAACCAAGACUCCGACAUCGCCGCGGGCACCUCCAUGUACGUCGAAUGGUGCGCUUACACCAAACACAUUACCUGCAUUCAGCGCGAAUGGUGCCUCGAUCCCACGCCCAUCACGCAAGAAAACUACGCCUGGGUACAGCUGGCCCUUUGGCUCCAGAAGGGCUGGCAUCGGAUCGUGUACACCCUCAGCGACGAGGCGAAGCAGCUCAUUGCCCAGCACGUAUACGCUCGGAAACAUGGCGGUGUGCUGAAGCCCGAGGAGGGCAACUUGUUGGAGUUUAUGAACGCAGGUGUUUUCGGCCCGUCGAUGGCGUCGGAUAAGCAGGCUGUCGCUGCGAGCAGCUCGAAGGAUUUCGCAGACCAGGUCGCCAAACGCACGCCCGUCACGCUCGAUCCGACGAAGAUGCAGCUGCAUCAGCAUCAGCAUCAGCAUCAGCAUCAGCACAAGACCCAGACCCAGCACGGAAAAUCCAACAUAGCCCUGAACAGAGCCCGAGCACAAUCCGCAGCAGACAUGCACAAGCUCUGGGCCUCCCGAGGCAUCGUCCCCCUCCAGCCAUCCCAGCCCCUCCAUCCAUACAUCCAACUCAUCCAAAACACCGCGUCUCAAAACAAGAAAGAGGAGGCAAUCACACAAGCAGCAAGGCCAUCGCAACCCCCGAUCCCUCCCCCCGACGCCAUGGACAUAUGCCCCCUCCCUUCCUCGAGCGUCGGUGGAUCCGCAGAUAAGGAGAAUGAGGGCCCGUUCCGGAAGGGCGCGAACGCGGGUGAGACGCUGAUGGAUUCGCCGCUGCGCCUUUAUCCGGCGCCGCCGCCGCUGCCGCCGCGAUGAGGGGUUUGGGGGGGCUAAGGGGUGGUCAUAUGCUGA